AUGGGAGCCAACACCAACCUACCCUCUCCUGCAGCAGUGACUCUCCUCCAGGGGAACAGGAGCGUAAUGACAGAUUUAAUUGGCAGAGUGGCGGCACAGCAACUCAGCAGGGUGGUGGUACAACAGGGCGGCAAGUUGGCAGGGACAACAUCAGAGACCACCAAAGAGGGUGAACUAGUCAAGUUCCUAGCAAGAGGAGCGUCCCGGCGACACCUGUAUAUUAUGUACGACUCUGAGUGGCCAGGUUCAGCCGCGGCAGUGAAGACGUGUUCAGACGCGUGGGUAGAUGUGGUGGCCACCCGUUGCGACUCUGACUUAGGUUUCCUCGAAAGAGCACUGCACACCACGACUGAAGGCGAGGAGAUGCGCAUUGUGAUCAUCUUUUGUUUGCCAGAGCGCAUUCUCGAUGUCUUCAGGAUGGUACGGGCGCGAUCCCUGGAGUCGUCGACGGUGCAGUGGGUGGUGGUGGUGGUGAUGGAGGAGACACAACACCUGUCCACUCACCUGACACACCUUCUCAGGGAAGGAACACAGUUGGCAGUACUGACAGCGAUGGCAGAUGGUGGCCAUCAGUACGUCGCUACCACAUCAUUCGUCGACGUGGAUGAUACUGUCAGAUUUGAGCAUCGUGGGGUGUUGACGGUGAGCGAGGAGGGUUCUGACUUAUACCUCAAGACCCAGCUGUUCCCCGCCCUGGACCACCUGUACAGGGACUUUCGAGGCCGACAACUGGUGGUGUCGGUGCUCAACAACUGGCCUUUCUUCGGUCUGCGUUACCUACCGGAUGGAAAGCCUCUGGCAGACUCUGGGCUGGACAUUAGUGUACUCAACUCUCUCAGUCACAAAUUCAACUUUACGUACGUUGUGGCUGAACCGGAGGACGGCCAGUGGGGAGGUCCUCAACCUGACGGUAGUGUUACUGGCAUCAUAGGUAUGGUGGCCAGGCACGAAGCUCACCUUGCUAUUAACGAGAUCACCAUCACCGCCAUACUGAGCCAUGAGAGUGAUAUCUUGGGACCAGUCUUAUUUAACAACGAUUAG